AGGAAGAAGAACAACUCAUUGAGCAAAAAGACUAUUAAGAACUUCAAUGCUUGGACAUAUCACUUGGCCUAUUGCCAUAAUCAUAUCUUCCUUCUUCUUCUUCUUCUUUUCUGUUCUGUAAUGAUGAAACUACAGCUUUCUUCUUCUUCCUCUGCCACCCUUGUGAACAUCCAGGCAAAGCUUCCCAUUCUCCAAGGUGGAUUCAUUAAUCACCAAAACAAGUCACUAAAUCCUUCUUUUUCAUUGUCUUCUUUAUAUCCUAGCUUCUUCAUAUCAAACUCACUACAUCACUCUCAGUAUCCCAGCUGGUCAUUCCCUCCAGUGAACCAGAGUGUUGCAGCAAUCCUAUUCGGAGAUGGGUCAAAAGCAGGGCUCUACCCUCUAACAAAGAGAAGAUCAGAAGGAGCCAUACCCAUUGCAGCAAAUUAUAGGAUCAUUGAUGCAGUUGUCAGCAACUGUCUCAACAGCAACAUAAACAAGAUUUAUGCUUUCACACAGUUCAACUCUGCUUCUCUCAAUUCUCACCUCUCAAGAGCUUACUCCAGACUCGGGAAAGAAGGUUUCGCUGAGGUCAUUGCGGCUUAUCAGAGCCCUGAGGACCAAGGCUGGUUUCAGGGAACUGCUGAUGCAAUGAGAAGAUGCUUGUGGGUUUUGGAGGAGUAUCCAGUGAUAGAAUUUUUAGUGCUUCCUGGCCAUCAUCUUUACAGAAUGGAUUACCAGAAACUAAUUGAAGCUCAUCGGACUGGCGAGGCUGAUAUAACCAUUGUUGGUUUAAGCGCAAUCAGAGAUCGAGAUCCUGGUUUUGGCAUUUUGGAUUUGGAUUCAGCAAAUCAAGUUAUAAAAUUCAGUCACAAGUCUGGCAACGUGCAGAGGAAUGGUUGUAUUUCAGUAGAAAGCUCAAUGAAACCCAACAGUGCUAUUCUUAAUAAAAUUCAGAGUAUGGGAAUCUAUGUGAUUAACAGAGACAAAAUGCUGAAGCUUCUAAAUGAAAGCUUUCCAGAGGCAAAUGAUUUUGGAAUUGAAGUAAUACCAGGAGCAAUAAGCAUAGGAAUGAAGGUGAAGGGUUAUGUCUUUGAUGGAUACUGGGAGGACAUGAAGAGCAUAGGAGCAUUUUACAGAGCUAACAUGGAAUGCAUAAAGAAAUCUGAUAUGGAAUACAAUUUCUACGAUAAACAUUCUCCUCUCUACACCAUGCCUAGAUGCUUGCCUCCAACUUCUGUGGAAGAUGUUGUUAUAAUAGACAGUUUGAUUGGAGAUGGUUGCAUUCUCAAUAGAUGCAACAUUAAAGGAAGCGUUGUAGGCAUGAGGACAAGGAUUAGAGAUGGAGUGACAAUCGAGGACUCUGUAAUCAUGGGUUUCGAUAUCUAUCAAAAAGAAGAUGAUCAGAAGAGUAUCCCAAUAGGCAUAGGGGAAGAUACUCUAAUUAGAAAAGCUAUUGUUGACAAGAAUGUAAGAAUCGGCAAAAACGUAAAGAUAAUUAACAAAGACAAUGUACAAGAAGGAGACAGGGAAGCAAGUGGAUACAUUAUCAGAGAAGGCGUAGUAGUUGUUAUUCGCAGUGCAGUUAUUCCCGACGGAACAAUUUUAUGA